UUGUGCAUUUGCGUGAUGAAUUUCCACCAACUUAUCAAAGGACUUAUGUUCUUGAACGUAUUUCUGAAAAUACUGGUACUCUGCUUGGGCGGCUUUUAAAUGCAUCUGCAACUGAUCUUGACCACUCGACUUUUCCGUCCCUGGAAUUCCGGAGAAGCUGUGGGGUUGAGUGGGGGCUAGAAUUGGGUCGGUGAGGAACUGAGAAGUUUACUCCUUGACCAUCGAAAGUGUUCGUCCUCUUGUUUCGUCCGGCACUUGUCACCGUCGUUCGCGGCGACGAGGGAGUGCCAAAACCCAAAUUCCGAGGGACACCGGUCGGCGCAGUUUUGCGGUGUGAAUAUUACACCCCUACUUGUUGAAGUUGUACUCGCGUUUGAAAUUUGUUGUUACAAUUUUGUCGAAGCUUAGGCUCGAUGGGGAGGAAGGUGUUUGGAUGCGAAUGAAGUCGUGUAAGGAGGUUGAACGACUUUUGAGUGGCAAAUUCGGUCAUAUGCUGGCAAGGAUGGCUGCUUGGAGGAGUUUGGUUCCAGUGUCUUGGAGAUUGUGUUGCAGGGAAGUCUCUUCGACACAGAAAAUUGGUCACGAAAAUGGCCAGUAUUUUGCUACCAGGCGAUGGUAUUCUCAACCAUGGACGGCUCCCUACGAUGCGGGGCAGCCUACGUCUGAAUCGCACCCUCAGAUGCUGUCAGGGGAUGAGCUGUUUCCCGGCAUUAGUCUUCGAGAUUUCAAGGAAAGAAGAACAGCACUUCGGUCUCGUUUACCCACAGAGAGCAUGGUCAUAUUGUCAGCUGCUUCUGUCAAACAAAUGACAGAUGUUGUUCCGUAUCCAUUUCGACAAGAUGCGGACUAUCUUUACUAUACAGGCUCUCAGCAGCCAGAAGGAAUUGCAGUUCUGUAUGAUGAUGCAGAUUUGUGCAUGUUUAUGCCCAACUGGGAUCCUGAAAGGGAAACCUGGAAUGGAAAAUUAGCAGGACCUGAUGAGGCUAGUCGUGUCUUCGGAGCAGAUGUCACUCAUUCAUUGCGACGUCUUCGGAAGGUUUUACCAGAUAUUAUUCGACGUGCAAAAACAGUGUUCUGUGAUUUGGGGUCGCUUACACCUGUAGUGGCAGAGUUAGAAGCUUUUCAAAGUGCCUUACAGCAGGGCAGAGUGCGCAGCCUGAACAGGUAUUCUCAUCAACAGCGUUGGGUUAAAUCACCCUCAGAGCUCAACCUUAUGCGAGAAGCGGCAUCCAUCACUUGCAAGGCAGUAAAGCGGAGUAUGCAAGCUUCAAGAGCCUGGCAACAUGAACACUUAUUGGCAGCUACUGUUGAGUAUGAGUGCAAACGUCGAGGAGCCCAACAAAUGGCGUUUCCAUCAGUUGUGGGUGGGGGAGCGAAUGGCAGCAUUGUUCACUACUCCCGACACGAUAAAAAAAUUGAUAAUGAAGCUUUGGUGCUCAUGGACGUGGGCUGCGAAUAUCAUGGCUAUGUUAGUGACAUGACUCGUACCUGGCCUCCUUGUGGCUAUUUUACCGACGCCAAGAAACAAGUUUACACCAUCAUACUUGAUGUAAUGAAGGAAUGUUUCAAGAUGUGCCGGCCUGGCGUGACCUUAUCUCAAAUACACUCUCGCUCUGUGGCGUUGCUUUGGGAAGGUUUAUUGAAGUUGGGUCUAGUAACAGGCCCAUUUGAUUUAUUUAAGUUUUACAGCUUCAAUAGAACACAAAUUGGACAUUACCUAGGUAUGGAUGUGCAUGAUUGCUCAACUGUUAGCUUAGAUCGACCCCUCCAGCCUGGUGUGGUGAUCACCAUUGAACCUGGGCUCUAUAUACCUGCCAAGCAGACGAUACCUGAAAAGUUCCGAGGCAUUGGAAUAAGAAUAGAAGACGAAGUACUUAUUACAGCCACAGGCUACGAGAUACUCACGGCCGAAGCUCCCAAAGAAAUAGAAGAGAUUGAACAAUUCUUAGCUCAAAGCCCGAAUGAUAAUGAUUUGACUGAGAAGCCCUCUUUGUUUUGUUGAUACCCUUUUAAAAUGUAUUGGGUUAACAACAUACAUGAUAUGAUAGACCUUCCCCCUUUUAAUAAAUAUUUUAGUUGUAGCUGCGGGUUUUAAUCCUCUGUUAUUCAGAUAGCAAUUAGCGAGCAAAUCUGAUCAAUCAUUGUACCCCUCGGGGCUGACGAGGGCAUUUUGUGUUAGAAUGAUUGAAUCUUUACUUGAGCAGCUUAGCUGGAAUGGAUCACGUAAUGUUAGAGAAUUAUGAUAGGUAUAAUAUGCAUAAUUUGAUUUAAAACGGCUAAUGUGGAAUUCUUGUCGACCACUUCAUCGAAACUGGAUGUUUUGGUUGAUCCACUUGCCCUCACCUAAAA